UUAUUUAUUAUUCAUUAAAAUAUGUGCUGUUCAUUAAGCAAAUAGUCCAAGAAAUCUAACUAAUUAGAAAAUUCUUGACAGGAGGCAAAACAUUAACGCGAAGAAUCAAGAUUAGAGAUAGAAAAACUGCGCAGUUACAUAUAAGCAGUUCGAUGUGUAUCAAAUAAAUGGUCUGGUCAUUGAUAAUUGAUGUGAAUGAUAACCGGCGCUGUUAAGAUUAACGAUAGGCUGGUAACCAGAUUAUGGGAAAAGUUAUCGAUUCGUCAAUUAGAUUGUCAGAUUAAUCAACGUAAAAGAAAAAAGAAAAUCCUGACUAUUUACUUUAGACGAAGGCUUCAAAAUACAGCCCGAAGCAAUGUUCUUUUUCGAACAUCAAUACAAUUUGUUGAAAAUAGUAUUUCUAUGUCAGGACAGCAUGCUCUCUUCUAUUUUUCACUUCAUGACCUGAGUCAACGAAAAGCAACAGUUGGUGGAUCUUCUGAACGACAAAGAAAUAACUAUUCGCAAGUAUUGCCGUGACAAGGAGACGUGUAGCUCGUGUGGAACGAGGAAGAGAGGGAGGGAGAGAGAAAGAGAGAGAGAGAGAGAGAGAGAGACAGAAACAGAGAGAGAGUAACUUGGAAGUCGCACAUGCGUAAGAUUCGACGAUAUAAUAGAGCCCCAGAGGAAGCAGUCGCGCUUAAACGCCGCCCGGCGUCGGACGUAUUUGUGAGAUGGUAGAGACAGUUGAUUAUUCAACGCAUUAAAAAAAAAAGAAAAAGAAAUAGUUACUGCCUUUCCACUAAAAGAAUUUUAAGAAAAAGAACAUCCGUCUUGUACAAAGAACAAAUUUUUACCCGUCAUGAAGUGAUAGAAAUCGUUCAUUGGAGUAAUUGGUAAUGAAAAUCGAGGAUUGCGCAUUGGACUUCUUGUACGAAGAUUUCCAUCACUUUUACAUCUUGUGACACACGAAAAUACUCUGGGAGGAUUGUCGAAGAAUUUCUUCAAGAUUUCUGUGCAGAAUGGAACGACGAUAUUGUUGAAUUCUCCGAGUUCAUUUAAGAAGCGUUAAUAACUUUUGACAACUUCUGUGGCAUUCUGCUGAGCAUUUAACGGGCUCCAAGUGGAACACGGACUACAGGCGCGACGUAUUGAUUCAAAGGCCAAAGGAAUAGCAGGAAAUUAGAAAAUGGAUGUAUAUGAGGAUAUAGAUUUUGACAACCCUAACAGUCUCGAUGAUCAAAAACUGAUUCUGGAUAUGAAAGCUAACCAAUGCCAUAAUGGAAACAUUUCAUCUUCUGGAUGGUGCCCGGAAGUUUGGGAUAAGAUAAUAUGCUGGCCUUCAACGGCACCUGGGGAGUUGACUAUUUUACCUUGUCCAUCUUACAUAGCUGGGUUUGAUGUCCAGGCGAACGCGUCUAGACAAUGCAUGUCAGAGGGCCAAUGGUUUUGGAAUAACAACACCAAUAGUACCUGGAGCAACUAUACUCAGUGUUAUAGGAAUUCAUUGGUGACACUUUUAGUGGAACAACUGCCUGAAAAGAGCAAUGAUACUCUCAUGAAAAAAUUUGUCCCAAUAGUGAAGACCAUCUCGAAAGUUGGUUACACUGUUUCUUUCUUCACUUUGGUGAUUGCUUUCUUCAUUUUGGCUAUGAUCAAUUUAUCCCGAAUUGGACGUAGGAAAUUGAGGUGUCCCAGAAAUAUGCUGCACAUGCACUUGUUCGCCUCUUUCAUGCUCCGUGCGUUCAUGGCAUUGAUGAAGGACAUCUUGUUUGUCUCUGGAAUCGGCCUAGCUUCAGACGUCAUGAUAAAAAAUGGGUACACGUAUUGGCUAGUGGAUGAAAAAGAGAGCCGCUGGCUUUGUAAAAUGUUCACCAGCUUCUGGCAGUACUUCAUUCUCGCAAACUACUUCUGGAUACUAAUGGAGGGCCUUUACUUGCACAACCUAGUCUUUCUAGCGCUCUUCACCGAUCUCAACUCGAGCAUCACUGGCUACGUUUUCCUUGGGUGGGGUCUGCCAGCUGUAUUCGUAUCAUGUUGGAUAGUGGCGAGAGUAACCUAUGAAAAUAAUUUCUGCUGGACCACUCAUAAAAAUUCCAACAUCUUCCUUUUCAUCUUAAUCCCGACCAUGCUGUCCAUUUUGAUCAGCUUCGUAUUGUUUGUCAAUAUCGUUCGUGUGCUCCUGUUGAAGUUGAAAUCCACCGUAUCGGAGGAGACACAGAGAUAUAAGAGAUGGGCAAAAAGUACUUUGGUUCUGGUACCACUUUUUGGAGUUCAUUACACUGUUUUCUUGGGCAUGUCUUACUACAUCGGUGUGAACGAGACGGUUGAAGUUAUAUGGCUCUUCUGCGAUCAACUAUUUGCUUCUUUUCAGGGUUUCUUUGUGGCGGUUUUGUAUUGUUUCCUGAACGGUGAGGUGCGAACAGAGGUGUCCAGGGCGAUCAGAAGCCAGAGAUUACCCCGUUUCCGCGCCAGAUGGAUCUCAAGACCAUCCACUCACUCUGGCAGCACGUGUAGCUGCAAUACGUCGAAACUUGGCAGACGAUCAAAGCGGCCACGUUGGUGGAAAGACCCUUGGCUCUGUUUUCUUCACGAUAGAACAGCUCGACGCUCCACCCACUCGAUGGCGAGUACACAAGAUAUUGGAACCCGAGGAGGUAGUUUAGCGAGCAGCAGGGGUUACUUGGAAAUCGCAGGAAACGGACAAAGUAGUACACAUACGGAAAGACAGAAUCCACAGGCAAAUCAUACGUCACCCCUCCAUAGCAAAUACACGGAUCAAUCGUUACUUUCAUUUUGUUCGAACGUUUCAGAAGCAACACCCUGCACAGGAACUAAUGUAGAUAGAAUUCGCGAGCAGCAUCGUUGGAGUGAUUCAGAAUGUUGUCACCUCGCCUAUGAACUGCACACUUUACAUCAUGGACCUCCGUGAAACCCAUAAUCUAAUUUAGAUCACUUUACCAGGAGAACUCUACUCGUAAAAAACUGACGAAGACGAUAAGGA